AUGCGCGCACAAGACCUGGGAACGACUCCCCCCUGCGGCGACGGCACUCCCGCACCCCGCCGCCAUUCCCACGACCUCUCCCUCUCCCCUCGAAAUGUGACCCGCGACUCCCUUCUGGGGAACAUGCUCCUCUCCCUCGACCAAUUCAACCACAUGAGCCAGGUGAACAACAUGCAGACCAGCGGCGAGACCAGGACCAUGUCUGGUUUUGCCGGCCCUCAUCCUUCGUAUCGCUACGAGGACCCAGCAGCAGCAGGCCCGAGGGCGGGCACAGCAGGAGCUGUGGCCGGGGGCCGAGGCGGCCACGGGUACUCGUACAGUUCCGACUACGAAGGCGCCGACGAUGACCUGAGCCGUGUGUCGACCAACAUGUCGCGAGGGCGCAGGAGUAACAGCCUCUCGGCCAAUCCAGCAGCGCCCCGUCCCUGCGUUGACGCAGCAGGCUAUGCACACGUGUUGGGCAGCCAGAAAUGGGCGCAAAGUAUUGGUGUGCCCAAACGAUCCUCCAGUCUAGAACCGGCACGCCGCCGCUCCUACGGCACACAGCCGCCGGACCAGCAGCAGCUGCACUCCUCCAACCUCGACUACGACUACUCUUACGAUCUGGACGAUGCUGCACCCACCCCGACAGUACCAGUCGGUCCGCGUCGGCUCGCCACCAUGCCGUCUAUGCCGUCCAUUGCCCGGCACGAGCCCAUGGGCGAGCCCCUGUCACCCCGCAGCAACAAAUCUUCACGGAGCACCAGCACUGCCAAGCACCACCCGUCGUCCUCCUCAAGACGUGAUGCCGCCCGCGAGCGUGACCAUGAACCUGUUCCCCCUCUUCCUCUUCCUGGUACUGCUCCUGGUACCGUCGCAGAUUUGUUAGAAGACUCGGCCCCGGCCCCCCAUGUUGGUUACGAGAAGGCCAAGGAGCCCGUGCACGCCAGCCCGGCUGCUGCUCCCACAUCGACCGUCGCGCAGCACAAGGAAAAACAACCCGGUUUCUUCAGGCGCAUCAACCAUGCAUCCUCAUCCCAGCAAUCGCCCACGACUGCAAAUGCGGCAUUCUCGGAAGCCAACAAAGCCGCCACCAGCACCCCGUCCUCGAGGCAGACGAGCUCGUCCCACGGGAUACAGAAGAAACCAUCAGGGUUCUUCCGGCGCCGCAAGAAGUCUGUGUCGGUGAACAAUGUAGAACCACCCCCUCUUCCGCCCACCUUACCACCGUCCAUCAUACCAUCGGCAGAGCUGCUGCCUCCUCCCCAGAAGCGGCUCGAGGUUAUGACCCCGAAGCCCGAGCCCAGCCCUGUCACAAGCCUGCGCAAGGCCAUGGACCCUUUUCUCAAGGCCUCGGAGUCAUCAGCCCCGUCUUCCGGCCGGACCAGUCCCCGGGACGACCAAGCGCAGUCCGUCUAUCACUCGGCAGUGGAAGAGUUUCCUCCCGACCGACAGCUUCGAAGCUUCUCUCCCGACUACGAGCCAGACCCGAGAGCCACAAUACGUUCAGUGCCGUCCGAUUCGAGACCCAGGGACAGCAUGGCCUCCGAAAAGAGCGACCGCCCGGGAAGCCUGACGCUGCCCAUCGAGGGCUUCAAGACCGAGCCCGAACCCGAACCUGAACUAAAGACACGUGCUUCUGCGGCCAGCAUCCCAGAUCUGAAGAUCGAAGGGGCAGACCUCAAUGCCACGACCAACCUUCCCAAGGCCGAGCAUCCUCUUGACGAGCCCCACUUCAUCGUCGGCGAUCCCACCCAAGACGACAAGGCGAAGGCGCAGAAGAUCUUCGAUGGCAGCGAGGACUUUAUACCCAAAGAGAAAGCCGCCUCGUGGAUGGGCGAAGAAGGGCCCAUCAGACAGCGAACGCUUCGGGCCUACAUGGACCUGUACGACUUUACAAACAAGAACAUUGUCACAUCGCUACGGGAUGUCUGCAACAGGCUUAUCCUCAGGGCAGAGACGCAGCAGGUGGACCGCAUUCUCGUCACCUUUUCGAAGCGCUGGUGUGAUUGCAAUCCCCAUCACGGAUUCAAGUCCGUGGAUGUCAUCCACACCAUCUGCUACUCGAUCAUGCUGCUCAACACAGACCUGCACAUGGCCGACAUCGAGUCCAAGAUGACCCGCAGCCAGUUCAUCAAGAACACCAUGACCACAGUCAGACAGGCUGUGGCCGAGUCCAUACCCAACGCAUACGAUAGACCCAGCAUCCUCCCAGGCAAGGGCUCUACACUCGACGAUCGACGCCACUUCCGAAACUCGUUCAUCAAGCUCCCUGGAAGGGCCGGGUCUGCACUGGGCGACGCGCCCACCGAGCUGGACGACUGCGGGCCUCUGGUGAAGUCCCCAUUCGAGGGGUCUCUGAAGGCCUGGGAGAGCCAGAUGGAGGUUGUGUUGAAGGACAUCUAUGCCUCCAUCCGCGACGAGCGUCUGCCUCUGUAUGGUGCGGAGCCUGUGCAGGAGCUGCCCUCGGCCGGUGGCCUGUCCGUCAUGGGCAUGCUGAAGCGCUCGCCCAGUGUGCUCAGCAAGGCGCCUUCAGAGAAUCCCUCUGCUCGUGGACGGGUUGGACCGGAAUCCAUACGGGCAGGCAAUGGACGAUGGUCAUCCAAGAGUCGGUCUCGGCCUCGUGGGUUCGGUAGCGCCGGCUUCGCGUCGAGCAGGACGAGUUUCGACGACGGUCAAUCGCUGUGGAGUCCCGUCGACUCGGUCGCCACCUGGAGUCGGGCGUCCCUGGGUAGAACGCACACCUCGAUGUCCAUGGACUCGUUCGGCUCGCGCUUCCCUCGCGGCGACUACCAGCAGUCGAUUGGGUUCGCCAAUGCUCUGAGCCAGGCCAUCAUCCGCGAGGACCCGCGGAGCAGCGUCCCGUCGCUGGUCAGUGACGACCUGAAGACGACCCAGCUGCUCGACGACGAGUCUCUCGAGCUGGCCGGGCCGCCGUGGGUCAAGGAGGGCAUUGUCAUCCACAAACACCACCUCGACGGCGUCGACAAGAAGGCAAAGGAUCGUAACUGGACCGAGGUCUUUGCCGUCAUCCAGAAGGGCAACAUCAGCAUCUUUUCCUUCACGCCCAACAAAUCCAUGGGCCGUCGCAGCCGCAACGCCCCCAAGAAGGGUGCUGUUGUCGGCGGUGGCAACUGGCAGGAGAACGCGACGACGCUUGGCACCUGGAGCCUGCGCCUUACGCUGGCCUCUGCACUACCGCCACCCGGCUACUCGAAGCAGCGGCCGCACGUCUGGGCCCUGUCCCUGCCCACGGGCGCUGUGCACCUCUUCCAUGUCGGCACGCCGGAGAUCUGCAACGAGUUUGUUACGACGGCAAACUACUGGAGCGCCAGGCUCAGCACGCAUCCGCUGAUUGGUGGUGUUUCGAACAUGGAGUUCGGCUGGAGCGAUGCAAUCAUCAACAACGCCCUGGUCUCGGCCAUCAACGAGACAACAGGGCCUGCCGGGCGACAACGCAGCAGUAGCAAUGCCGCGGCGCGCUCCAGCAUGCACUCUCGUGGGAGCAGCUUCCGGUCCCUGCCCGGCGACAUUGUCAAUAUCGCCGAGUGGACGCCGCCGACGCAGUCGAUGCGGCCAUCCAAUGCCUCCGAGAAGGAUCAGCUGGAUGCGCUCCUCAACUACGUCAAAUCGAUCGAGGAGGAGCUGCAGCAGCACAACGCACUGCGCAGCCCCAUGCUCCUGGCGUUCACGCCCAGGGGUUCCAAUGCCCAAAAGGCCAUGGCCAACUGGGAGCGCAAGAGCUCUUACCUGCUGCGCGAGAUUGUCAAGUUCCGCACGUACGUGGAUAUCCUGCAGCUUGCAGACACACGCAGGACGGAGAUCUACAGGGAACUCUCGACGUGGACAGGCUCAGUUCCGACAUGGGUGAGGGCGUCGGUUCCUACGAGUUUGGAGGUGAGGACGGUGCCGAAUACGAAAGGGGACGGAGGGUGA